GUUUUUUUAAAAAAUAUUUCUUUGUUAUUUAUACUUUUAUUGUAGAACAAGUUGUAACUGGAUUAGACCGGGCUGUAAGUACAAUGAAGAAGGGUGAGCAUGCAAUCGUGACAGUAAAGCCGGAGUAUGGAUUUGGAAGCAAUGCAGUGAAGUGCGACCUCACAACAGUUCCUCCUUGCUCAACCCUUAUAUAUGAAGUAGAAAUGCUAGAAUUCACAAGGGAGAAGGAUCCUUGGGAAAUGAGUAUUCACGAGAGAAUAGAAAUAGCCAGCAGAAAGAAAGAAGGCGGAAAUGCACUCUUCAAACUUGGAAAGUAUCAAAGAGCAUUAAAAACAUAUGCUAAGGCUGUGGACUAUGUCAGCGAGGGUAGUCCCUUUGAAGUUGAUGAUCAGAAGCUCAUCAAAUCACUGCAAGUAUCAUGCUGGUUGAAUGGUGCUGCUUGUUCUCUCAAAUUAGAUAAUUUUCAGGAAGCAAUCAAGCAAUGUUCUAUGGUCCUUAAUAUUGAACCCUCAAAUGUAAAGGCACUAUACAGGAGAGCUCAAGCUUAUAUGAAAACAAAUGAUCUGCACUUGGCCGAAUUGGACAUCAAGAAAUCCCUGGAAAUCGAUCCUGAGAAUAGGGAGGUGAAGUUACUGCAGAAGAAUUUGAAACAACUUCAAGUUGAGAGCAACAAGAGAGAUGCAAAUCUCUACACAACCAUGUUUGCACGCAUGCUGAAUGAAAAUUCUCCAGAUAAAAAGGCUUUUGCAGAUGGGAAUUAGAGCACAUCUAUUAGACACAUUAUAAUUGGGAUCCAAUUGCUCAUAGCAAUCAACUUAAUUGAUGGAUGAUAAUUAAGCAACUUCUGUUUGCAAAUUUUCUUCCAAUGGUCAGAGAUUAAAAGCAGGGACAAAGGAGGACAAAACCGAUGAAGAAGCUAUGGCAAUGGAAGUGGACAAGGAUGUUGUGAAGUCAAAUUCAACCGUUCCCGAGGAGGAAUAGAAUGAUGUUUUAUAGUGGUGCCACUUUGCGUGUGCACACAAUAUUUGAUACUCCGUAUAUGUUUUGAUAUGGGAACGGAGUCUGGUUACAUAAAAGUAUUUUGAUUUUAUGUGGUUCUGUGACAUUUGCAAUUAGACCAUGGGGUGUGCCGCAGGAAAGGUCACAUGGUG